UAAAUAAAAAAAAACAAAACAAAUAAAAAAAUAUAAAAUGACCUUGCUUCCGCACGCAUAACCAAAAAAGGAAGUCUCAGAUGCUGAAACCUCUCUAUUUUGCACUAAAAUGCGCACCUCUCCGCAGCCGCCGCCGCCGCCGCAGCAACAGUCAGCCGACGCAGCUUCCACGGCGGAAGCAGCGGAGCGCCGUCUAAGGGAGGCGGAGCAGCGCCUGAAGGAGGCCAUAGCGGAGCUGCAGCGCCGUCAGAGGGGCCCGCCUGAGAAUUUCUACCCGCCGUGCGAUCACGCCGACGAGUCGUGCGUCGCUAAUGCCGUCGGAAAUCUGUGUCAGAGCUUUCUGCUUUCUUACGGUAUUCGCGUCGGCAUCGGAAUUCUCCUCCGCGCAUUUAAGCUCGCUCGGCUCAAGUCAUAUUCUUCUCUCCUCGAUAUCAAGCAACUUGUAUCAGAGAAAGACCUAAUAGUCAGAGAGGAAGCAUGCCGUGUUGGUUUGCUUUUUGGUGGAUUCACUGGUUCCUACCAUGCUCUGAGGUGUUUGCUGAGAAAGAUGAGAAAGAAAGAGACUCCAGUAAAUGCAAUUUUAGCAGGUGCAAUCUCCGGUUUGUCUAUUUUAGCUUUAGAUGAUUCCAGCCGAAGGCGCACACUUGCUUUAUAUCUUUUGGCUAGAGUUGCUCAGUGUGCAUAUAACUCGGCCAAAUCCAAAAACAAAUUCCACCUCUGGGGAAGUCAUUGGAGCCAUGGGGAUACUCUACUCUUUUCAAUAGCUUGUGCGCAGGUCAUGUAUGCCUUUGUUAUGCGUCCUGAGAGCUUGCCAAAAUCCUAUCAAGAUUUCAUUCAGAAAACAGGGCCAGUUGCUGCCCCUGUGUACAAGGCUGUGAGGGACUGCUGUAGAGGUUCUGCAGUAGAUGUUGCUUCUCUAUCUGCUUUCUUGUCCAGUAAAAGGGUAUCCAACACUCUGAAGUUAGAAGAGUUUCCCAAUAUUAUUCCAUGCUCUAUCAUUCACCCUGAUACAAACUCGUGCUUACUUCACAAUGCGAAUGCUGCCAAAGCUACUUUUAGGAAGACGUUUCCUCUAUAUUUCUCUUUGACAUUUGUCCCGUUCGUCGUUUUGCGCCUACAAAAGUUCAUGGAUGCUCCUACCCGCACCUGUUGGCAUGCUCUUAGAGGCGCUGUUCGCUCAACGUCAUUCUUGUCUGCUUUCGUUGGUAUCUUUCAGGGAGUAAUAUGUUUGCACAGGAAAGUGGCAUUGAAGGACCACAAGCUCGUAUAUUGGCUUGCAGGAGGUAUUUCUGCCCUCUCUGUAUUACUCGAGAAGAAAGCUAGGCGUGGGGAAUUGGCCUUGUAUGUUCUUCCACGAGCUGGAGAAUCUUUGUGGUAUAUUCUGGUGAAUCGCCGCUUGCUUCCAAAAAUCAAGCAUGCCGAGGUGGCUUUAUUCUGCGCAUGUAUGGGUGGAAUCAUGUACUACCUAGAGCACGAACCAGAUACCAUGGCCCCAUUUCUGAGGGGCCUGAUUCGUCGGUUCCUUGCCAGUAGAAUUAGCAAUCCAGGUCCUUCGUCUAGUCGAAGUGCUUCUUACACGUAUCUACAAACUCUGGAUGCCAUGAAAAAGCCAGAUGUGCAAGAUAACCGAGAGAACGAAACUUCAAAUUCUGAGAAAUACAAUCUUGAAUCAAUACCCGGACUCUGAGCAUCUCUUUUUCCUUGGCUCAGCAGUGAGACAUGAAAUUAAUACAGAUUUAUGGUCUUGGUUUCUGGCAUUUAAAAUUCAGAUUUAUUUCCAGGCAACUGACUUGUGUCCACGAUCCCUAUGACGGAUUCGAUGAUGAUUUGUGUCCUCAUGACAAAAUUAUCGCUUAGUAAGAAUAGAUCUCUACUUGAAUUAAUUGUUGCCCAGAUUGUUAUUGUUAUUGUUAUGAUGGUCUGUAAAUAAAUUGCACCUUCAACUCUUACAUUGAGUAGUAGAUAAGAGAGAUGUCAUAACUGACUUUUGGUCAAAGUCUGCCGGUUACAAAAUGGUGAUUUAUAUUUUCUGCUCUGCAAGUAUUUUGUAUCACUGUUUUUCAAUACACUCUUGGAUUGGGUAAUAAUACAUUGUUAGAUGUGCUUUUA